AUGUCCGUUCCCGCCUUCGCCGACAUCGCGAAACCCGCGAGCGAUCUCAUCAACAAGGACUACUACCAUGUCCAAGGCGGUUCGAUAGAAAUCAAGUCGACCGCCGCGUCAGGCGUGGCCUUCAAGACUACAGGAAAAAGCAGUCAUGAGGGAAAGACGAGUGGACUUAUGGAGGGCAAAUACACAGACAAGCCGCUCGGUAAAUAUACCUCAACCCCCAACCCCUCCAGCAGAACUCGACGUGAUCGUUAUGGUACCGUGCGUAGAGAGCCUAGAAGGACCAGCUCGGCCACCUUGUCGGUGGCUCGAAUCGCCGUGCCUGGCCAUCGCGCCAUGCCCUUGGAAUUUGGCAUAUUCUUGAUCCCAAGUCACCCUUCUUCAUUGCUAAUGCUCUACCACCGCGCAGGCCUCACCCUGACCCAGACGUGGAACACCGCCAACGCGCUCGAGUCCAAGGUUGAGCUUUCCGACGCCCUCGCCAAGGGACUGAAGACCGAGGGAAUCUUCUCCUUCCUCCCCGCCAGCCAGGCCCGUGGUGCCAAGCUCAACCUGCACUUCAAGCAGCCUGCCUUCCACGGCCGAGCUUUCUUCGACCUGCUCAAGGGCCCGACUGCCAACAUUGACGCCGUCAUUGGCCACGAGGGCUUCCUUGCUGGUGCCUCCGCUGGAUACGAUGCCCAGAAGGCCGCCGUCACGGGCUACAGCGCCGCCGUCGGCUACACUGCCCCCACCUAUAGUGCCUCCAUAGUUGCUAGCGAUAACCUUAAGACUUUCGCUGCUAGCUACUACCACAAGGUCAACAGCCAGGUCGAGGCUGCUGCGAAGGCUACCUGGAACUCCCAGAGUGGCAAAGCCGUUGGUCUCGAGGUCUCCAGCAAGUACCGCCUGGACCCCGUUUCGUUCGCCAAGGCCAAGAUCAACGACCGUGGUGUCGCUGCCGUCGCCUACAAUGUCCUCCUCCGCCCUGGUGUCACUCUCGGCCUCGGUGGUUCCUUCGAUACCCAGAAGCUCGACCAGGCCACCCACAAGGUUGGUGUCAGCUUCACCUUCGAAGGUUAA